GCUCCUGCCACUGCCACUGGCUCAGAGGACACAGCAGCUCCCCUUCAAGUCCUGCAUCCUUGAUUUCACCAUCCAACACCUCUUAGCAGUGCUGUCUGGCCAGCCUCCCCACUGCUGCAUUAGGAAGAGAAGACAAAUUCCACCAUGUCCAUUGAGAAGAUCCAUGCCCGAGAGAUCCUGGACUCUCGUGGGAAUCCCACCGUCGAGGUGGAUUUGUACACAGCAAAAGGAAUGUUCCGGGCAGCUGUCCCAAGUGGUGCUUCCACGGGCAUCUAUGAAGCUCUGGAGCUGCGCGACAAUGAUAAAUCCCGAUUCCUUGGAAAAGGGGUCCUGCAGGCAGUGGAUCACAUCAACAGCACUAUCGCCCCUGCUCUUGUGAGCUCUGGCCUCUCUGUUGUGGAGCAAGAGAAGAUAGACAACCUCAUGCUGGAGAUGGAUGGGACAGAGAAUAAAUCUAAGUUUGGAGCCAAUGCCAUCCUGGGUGUUUCCCUGGCUGUGUGCAAAGCAGCAGCCGCAGAGAAGGAUGUCCCCCUGUACCGACAUAUUGCUGACCUGGCUGGAAAUUCAGAUCUCAUUCUGCCAGUACCCGCAUUCAAUGUGAUCAAUGGAGGCUCCCAUGCUGGGAAUAAACUAGCCAUGCAGGAGUUUAUGAUCUUGCCUGUUGGGGCUGAGAGCUUCCGGGAUGCCAUGCGCAUUGGUGCUGAGGUCUAUCAUAAUCUCAAGAGUGUCAUCAAGGACAAGUAUGGUAAAGAUGCCACCAAUGUGGGAGAUGAAGGAGGUUUUGCCCCCAAUAUCCUGGAGAACAGUGAAGCUUUAGAACUACUCAAGGAAGCCAUUGAGAAAGCUGGCUAUACUGACAAGAUUGUGAUUGGCAUGGAUGUGGCUGCAUCAGAAUUCUAUAGGGAUGGCAAAUAUGAUUUGGACUUCAAGUCUCCUGAUGACCCCAGCCGCUAUAUCACUUCUGAUGAACUGGGUGACCUCUACCAGAGCUUUGUGUGGGACUACCCAGUGGUGUCAAUUGAGGAUCCUUUUGACCAGGAUGACUGGGAAGCCUGGUCCAAGUUCACGGCAACUGUGGGCAUUCAGAUUGUAGGAGAUGACCUGACAGUGACCAACCCAAAACGCAUUGAACGAGCUGUUGAAGAAAAGGCCUGCAAUUGUCUUUUGCUUAAGGUCAAUCAGAUUGGAUCUGUCACUGAAGCCAUUCAAGCCUGUAAACUGGCCCAGGAGAAUGGCUGGGGGGUGAUGGUGAGUCACCGAUCAGGGGAGACUGAAGACACCUUCAUUGCUGACCUGGUGGUGGGACUUUGUACUGGGCAGAUAAAGACUGGAGCUCCAUGCAGGUCAGAGCGACUGGCAAAAUAUAAUCAGCUGAUGAGGAUUGAGGAGGAACUUGGCGAUGAAGCCCGUUUUGCUGGGCACAACUUCCGUAACCCAAGUGUUCUAUAAAUGAUGCCCUUAGCACACACUGGCUUGCCCGCUGACUCCCCGUACACAGACUCUGAGUGCUCCUUAGGCCACAUCCUCCUCCUCCCAUUACUCUCAUUCCUGCUCCGGCUUCCUGGUCUCUCUGCCUCAGGUCCCUUCAUUGGAAUUACCCCACAAUAUGUUGAGAAUGAAGCUUCUUUCUGCCCAUCACAAUGCAGUGCUGCAAACCAGCUUUGCAUGUGUUGCACAGUGUCUGCUUUCUGGGUCUGCUUGAAUAAUGGCUAUAUCCAAAUGUAAAAUGGUGUGAGCAUGUUUGCCCCAAUGUUGUGGCAAGGAUGUGCACAUUUGAAGGUUGUCCUUAAACUGGUGUGCAGGCCAUGUUUGUUUACUGAUGCAAGGUUGUGUGUUUCUGUGCUGCUACCACUUGGGAAUGUCAAGGUCUGUGUUUCGCUCCUUGAUAUGAGUUUGUGUUUAAGUAAUCUGUGUGCUGUGUGUUGUCAACAGCUGGUUGGGGUGCGUGUAUGCGUGGUCCUAGUCAGCCUCAAGUACACUUCUUAGAUUCAAGCAUGGAGUGUGUGUGAGUGGUCCAGUACCUGCAUCAAAGUUUGGUUACCUCGUAUCUGAAAUGUUACACUGAUUUGUGUUUUUCUGAAACACAAGGGCAAGAUGUGCUGCUAACAUACACAGUAUCAUUGUGCCAUGCUUCGUGGGGUGUUGUGGGUCAGUAUAUUGUGGGUGUGUAACUGCAAUCAGCACCCUGCUCAGACCGCUUUCCCUUCCAUUCCCCUCUGGAUGUUUGGUCACAUGGUACUUGCUUCCUCUUCGCCUGUUUCCCAUCUUGCUCCCCAUCACUUUUGCUUUGACCUCCAGAAGUUUCACCCUCAAACUGAGCAACAGUGACAAAUAAUGGAAAAACACACCCUCCCCAAAAAGUCUACCAAUAGACAAUCCCACAGCUCAAUUAAAUUCUCUUUCACACCUGA